AAAUGGAACUCGAAAAGCAGAGAGGAAGAGAAGAUAAGCGGACGGGUGAAGGAAAUAGUGGUGGGUUUCAACCAUAAUCAUGGUCAUGGCUACUUCAUCAACCAUAUUGCCAUCAUCACUCAUCGCGGGAACAACGCUUUCAGUUAACUCAAAAAAGCAACUGUUGUUCCUUCCAAAUGGUUAUAAUAAUAGGUUACAAAAGAGAGUUUCCUUCACUGUCACAGCAACCAAGCCCCCUGCUGGUGUGGAAUUUCCAAAAGUACAGCCACAAUUUCAGGCUCCGUUUCUUGGGUUCACAAAGACAGCAGAGAUAUGGAACUCUAGAGCUUGCAUGAUUGGAAUCAUUGGAGUUUUCAUUGUAGAAUUUAUAAUAAACAAGGGAAUACUUCAAGUCAUUGGAGUUGAUGUUGGCAAAGGCCUUGAUCUUCCUCUCUGAACAUUAAUGAAAAACUUGUCACAGUCAAUUCUUUCACUUUAUUUUCUUGUUCUCUACAAUCAAUUUUCAUAGAGAUUUGUUAUUAGGUACUAUACGUUUCUGUGAUCUAAAAUCUCUUCUAUUGUAAAUUGCAAGAACCCUUGGUGUUGGCGUAAGUAAUACAAUUUUAUGGUGAACACCGUACUCUCUUGAUUA